CGUAUUUUCCGGACCAUAUUUUCCUGGCUUGUUUGCAGCAGCGUUUCUGCUGCUUGAGGAGCAGUUGGUUUGGUGACUUGUCAACAGAAACAUGGCUGCCUCUGCGUCCGGGAAAGCAUACCGAAACGAUAACGCUUCCAUGGGCAGUCAAAACUGCAUCGAAGAGCCCCCCGCACCGACGCGGGAGAUUAUCAAACCGUCAAUCAUGGAGCUCACCAAAGAAGUGCGGACCAAUAUCCUAUGUACGGUGGAAGGAUGUGGCAAGAUUCUACCGAACACGCCAGCCCUGAACAUGCAUCUCGUGAAGUCCCACAGAGUAAAGGACGGUCUUGUUAACCCCACCAUCAGGAAGGUCAUGAAGGGUUCUCAGAAGCUCUACUGUUGUCCCAUAGAGGGCUGUCCGCGAGGCCCCAACAGACCCUUCUCCCAGUUUUCCCUGGUUAAACAGCACUUUAUGAAGAUGCACGCAGAGAAGAAGCACAAGUGUUCCAAGUGCAACAACGGCUACAGCACAGAGUGGGACCUGAGGCGCCACAUAGAGGACUGUGGGAGGACCUACCGCUGCACGUGUGGCUGUCCCUACGCCAGCAGAGCAGCGCUACUGUCACAUAUCUACAGGACCGGCCACGAGGUCCCCACAGAACACAGGUAUCCACCAGUGAAAAAGCGGAAGAUGGAGAGACAGAUAAAUGGAGCAGAAAAAGUCAAGCCCACUGAAUUCAUGUGUCAGAUCAUAAAAACAGACAGAGAACUUUCAGAGGACUCCCUCCCUCCAGACAGGGUCUGCCACAACAUCCCCCCUAAACACCUCCACAAACUCCUCCUACCCAAGCCCGAAGUGGCUCUGGUGAAUUUCCCUGUGAUGCAGCUGGCCCAUCUCCCCGUCCUCCUCCCCUCCACAGAGAGUGGGGUUCUGAGGUCUGUGGUGCUGGCCAUGGACAGCCAGGGCUCCUUCAGCACCCUCCACCUCAUGCCCCAGUCCAUGGGGGCCAUUGUCCCCCACCUGGACCCUAAGACCCUGGGCUUCAGGGGCAGCAUGCCUGUCUCCCGCUCCAGUCUGGGGCCUGUCAGCAUGGGGGUGCAGGUAAGUCUGGAGUCAUUGGGCUCUGGCGAUGACCUAGGAGGAACCAGGGGGAGCAAUACCUCCACCAACAUCCAGACAGACAUCUCAUACUUGUCCAGGAUGCCUGUCGGGGUGGGGAUGGAGGUGUGCCCCGUUGGUGAGUCGUCAGUCUCAUCGUGUUCUCAGACAGAUAUUAGUGUGAGUGCUCAGAUCCUGCUGCCGGUCAGUGUAGAGACCCAGACGUUCCCUUCUAAGGCCAAAGCCUCCACCACCAUCGGGGCGCAGACAGACACCCACACCCUCAGCCAGCUGCCAUGCCUCUAUUCCUCCCCAUCCCAGUCCCCCUACAUUACCAAGCAGACUCAGACCAGACUCGCCCUGGCUGGGUCAGAAGAGAGGGCUCAGAUGGACCAGGCCAUCAUGUGCUCAGACCUCUUCGACAGUUAUUCCCUCAGUGUCUCAACACAGACUGCACUGACAGACGGACGCUUCAGAACCCACGGUGUAGACCCCCUCUCCGGCGUCGGUAACGGUCUCUAUGACGACGACAAGUCAGCAGGAGGCAUGUGUUUUGGCGUACAGACAGACGAUCUCCAGUCGGGCAGCAUGGCGGACAACCAAACCCAGACCACCUUGGCUCUGUUCAACGACCUGGAGAAUAUCUUGUCAGGUCACUCUCUGUCCGGUCACCAGACGCAGAUGGAUUCUUCAACAGGCUGUGGGUCAGGUCUGGGCUCUGUUCAGGAACAGCACACGGGCAUUGACUUUGACUUUGAGGAAUUCCUGAACGCAGCCCACAUCCAGACCCAGACGGAGGAGAGCGAGCUGAGCGGUCUGGGGGCUGACACGCCCCUGGAGGUCCUGGACAUCCAAACCCAGACAGACUUCCUCCUCCUGGAGGGCCUGGGAAAUGGUGAGGGGCCGGGUCGGAGCCAGGCCAGCGACCUGGAACUGGAGAUGUUUGACACCCAGACCCAGACGGACCUCAACUUCCUGCUGAAAGCCGGAUGCCACAUGCCACUGGGCAACAUUCCGCGCCAGUCCAGCUUCUCCAUGAGCACAGAGUCCUCUGACACUGAGACGCAGACCGACCUCCGCCGAUCGCUGACACCAACACCAAACUCCAACACCCUUCCCUCCGUGUCCCAGGGUGACCAGGCCAGGCUCUUGAGCAGCACGGAGACUCAGACGGUGACCGACGCAUCUUCUGAGGGCCUCGGAAACCUCUUCCUGACCAGCAAUGAGACCCAGACAGUCAUGGACGACUUCCUGUCAGCUGACAUGGCCUGGAACAUGGAGUCCCACUUCAGCUCGGUGGAAACGCAGACGUGUGAGGACUGUUUGCUCUUUCAGCACUCUGAGAAGCCCAUCAGCUGAACCCCCCCCCCCCACACACACACACAGGGCUACCACCUCAGCCCACACAAUGGGUUUCUGGUUUCCGUCAAGGAGGUCCUGGGCUCCUACUCAUCAUCCUCUACAGUCUAUGUCCCUCUACUACUGAAGGUUUAGGUGUAGAAGUGAGCCGCCUUAAGAAGUCUUAGGACAUUCUACAGAGGGGUAGCAUGUCUAGGAUAACAUUUCCAGACAUCUCCCUCAUGCUAGCUCUAAAGCACUUUAUUAUCAGUUCAUGGAUAUGAUUUCCUAUUCUUGUUUACAUGUUUAUUUGCACGUCUUACUACUUAAAAUAUAUAUUUUGUCUGAAAAGCAAGUUUAGUCCGUUUUCAAAGUUUUAACACUUUGCUGUAAGAGAGUAUGUAAUGCCUGUUGAGCCUUUCCUUAAUCAUACUGCUAUUGAAUGGCUUCCGGCAGAUUUGAUGUGGCACAAACAUACUAGUGAAAUUCUAAAAUACUUGCCACACUCCCAUUGUUGACAUGUGAUUGUGAAGUACAGUCUUGUAGAAUUGCCCCAUUGUUACAGGGCCACUCACCUAUAAACUGGGUCACCACGUUAGCAGACUAGCCUGUCAUGGUCUUUGACUUAUUUAUUAGCUGGCUGUAAGUAUAUAGCAGCACAGUGUGCUGAAGUGAUACAACACUGUAGAGAAACACUAUGAGGAUCUAGCUACUCACUAGUCACUGUGAUUACAUUGUGGUUCUGUAUGUCCACCACCACCAUAUACAGUGCCUUAAAGUGUUCACACCCCUUGACUUUUUCCACAUUUUGUUGUGACAAAGUGG